AUGGCGGCACAGUGCUGCUGCCGCAAGGCGCCCGGUGCCGAAGCGGCACCCGCCCGCCCGCCGCCCGAGCCGCCGCCCGCCCUGGACGUGGCCUCGGCCUCCAGCGCGCAGCUCUUCCGCCUCCGCCACCUGCAGCUCGGCCUGGAGCUGCGGCCCGAGGCGCGUGAGCUGGCCGGCUGCCUGGUGCUGGAGCUGUGCGCGCUGCGGCCCGCGCCCCGCGCGCUCGUGCUCGACGCGCACCCGGCCCUGCGCCUGCACUCGGUCUCGUUCCGCCGCGCCCCUGCCGCCUCCGAGUCGCCCUGCACUUUCGCCUUCCCUGUCCCCGAGUUGGGGCCCCCGCUGCCCGCUUUCGCUGAUGCGUCUGACGCGGAGUCCGCCGGCUGCCCUCUGGCCUUCAGGUUGGACCCAUUCACCGACUAUGGCUCCUCGCUGACCGUCACACUGCCACCCGAACUGCAGGCGCACCAGCCCUUCCAGGUCAUCCUGCGGUACACCUCCACAGACGCCCCCGCAAUCUGGUGGCUGGACCCAGAGCUGACCUAUGGCAAUGCCAAGCCUUUCGUCUUCACCCAGGGCCACUCUGUAUGCAACCGCUCCUUCUUCCCGUGCUUCGAUACGCCUGCCGUCAAGAGCACCUACUCAGCCGUUGUCAAGGCCCCUCUAGGGGUACAGGUGCUGAUGAGUGCCACACGGAGCGUGUACGUGGAGGAGGAAGGCGUCUACCACUUCCACAUGGAGCAUCCUGUACCUGCCUACCUCGUGGCUCUUGUGGCCGGAGACCUCAAGCCAGCAGACAUUGGGCCCAGGAGCCGUGUGUGGGCUGAGCCAUGCCUCCUGCCCACAGCCACCAGCAAGCUAUCAGGUGUUGUGGAACAGUGGCUAAGUGCUGCGGAGCGACUAUAUGGGCCGUACAUGUGGGGCAGAUAUGACAUCGUUUUCCUGCCACCCUCCUUCCCCAUCGUUGCCAUGGAGAAUCCGUGCCUCACCUUUAUCAUCUCCUCCAUCCUUGAGAGUGAUGAGUUCCUGGUGAUUGAUGUCAUCCACGAGGUGGCCCACAGCUGGUUCGGCAAUGCUGUCACCAAUGCCACUUGGGAGGAGAUGUGGCUGAGUGAAGGCCUGGCCACCUAUGCACAGCGCCGCAUCACCACAGAGACCUAUGGGGCUGCUUUCACCUGCCUAGAGACAGCCUUCCGCCUGGACGCCCUGCAUAGGCAGAUGCGGCUUCUUGGGGAGGAUAGUCCAGUUAGCAAGUUGCAGGUCAAGCUAGAACCAGGAGUGAACCCCAGCCACCUGAUGAACCUGUUCACCUAUGAGAAGGGCUACUGUUUCGUAUACUACCUGUCCCAGCUCUGUGGAGAUCCCCAGCGCUUUGAUGACUUUCUCCGAGCCUAUGUGGAGAAAUACAAAUUCACCAGCGUGGUGGCCCAGGACCUGCUGGACUCCUUCUUGAGCUUCUUUCCAGAACUGAAGGAGCAGAGCGUGGACUGCCGGGCAGGGCUGGAGUUCGAGCGCUGGCUCAAUGCCACAGGCCCACCACUGGCUGAGCCAGACCUGUCUCAGGGGUCCAGCCUCACCCGGCCUGUAGAGGCCCUCUUCCAGCUGUGGACUGCAGAGCCUCUGGAGCAAGCAACAGCUUCAGCCAGUGCCAUUGACAUCUCCAAGUGGAGGACUUUCCAGACAGCGCUCUUCCUGGACCGACUGCUAGAUGGAUCGCCGUUGCCCCAGGAGGUGGUGAUGAGCCUGUCCAAAUGCUACUCAUCCCUGCUGGACUCCAUGAAUGCUGAGAUCCGCAUCCGCUGGCUGCAGAUCGUCGUCCGCAAUGACUACUAUCCUGAUCUCCACAGGGUCCGCCGUUUUCUGGAGAACCAGAUGUCGCGCAUGUACACCAUCCCCCUGUAUGAGGACCUCUGCACCGGUGCCCUCAAGUCCUUCGCACUGGAGGUCUUCUACCAGACACAGGGCCGGCUACACCCCAACUUACGCAGAACCAUCCAGCAGAUCCUGUCCCAGGGACUGGGCCCCAGUGCUGAGCCCAGUGCAGAGACCAGCACAGAGUUGGGCAGUGCUGAGGCAGACACGAACCCAGACUCGCCAGCCCUGCUACUCGGGGACGAGGCCCCCGGUAGCACCAUCUCUCUCAGGGACGUCAAUGUGUCUGCCUAGCCUUGGUGACUGACCCUCAACCUCCCAGACACCACGAUUGUGCCUUCUGUGGUCCGGGCCGCCAUGACUGCGCCUUGGCUCUGGCCACGAGCUCUGCCCAGGACCAUAAUCCCCUCCUACUGGCUCCAGGCCAGAGGCUUGGGAAAAGGAUCUUGUGUCCAUUGAGGCCUAUGGACCAGGGCCCACCCUGUCCCUGCUCUCUUGCACUGCGGGGCCCAGGACUGGCCCAUACCCACCAUGCCUCCUGUCUCAACACUGACAGCCAUGCCUCACCCUGGAGCCAGCAUCUUCUGAACACUGCCUUGGGGACAGUGACCCCAGUAGUCCCACAGCAACAACCACAAUGUGCCUUACACAUGCCAGAGACCCAGGAUGCAUGGCCCUGGAAGUGUGCUUUCCUGCGGAGCCCUGUGUCUGGCCCCUGGGUUUGACUUGCUUGAGGGACAGUGGACAGAGGGGCAAGGACACAGGCAUUCCAUCAGUGCAGGGGCAGGGAACAGAAGGAGAGGAUGGACCUCUCAAGCAGGUCUGCAUCUCUGCAUCUGGAGUCCAGGCCCCAGAGGUACAGGAAAUGACCUGUCCAUGUGGCUACCUGGGUACCAUUGGUGCUCUCUGUGCCUGCCUGCUCGGAGAGGCACUAGGCUGUGGGCUUCAGCCUGGGACCACUGCAGCAGGAACCACGGUGACUGUUCCAUUAAAUCUCCACUUUGCAGACCCGA